AUGUCAAGCGGUGGACAGCCUACCAGAUUCCAAGGCAAUGGAAAGGGGGAUGGCAAACCUCAGAAGAUGCAAAUGCGAGGUGGAAGUGGCGCUUCAUCCUCGAUGUCGAUGAUGUCUAAUUCAACAAGAUUACCAUCGAUGUCGAGUUCAUAUUCCGCGUCAUCGGGAUCUAGCCAAAUCGGUUCCGGGCUUAUUGGGGCAAAUGCAGCCGAGUCCGUUGCCUCAGCCCUGGCGGCGACGAUGGCGGCGGCUUCCAAGUCGGCUACCGGUCAAGGGGCGGGGAUGACCGUGACGACGAAAACAUCGACAUCGGAAGGACCGAUUUCAUCAGACGGUAGUUCACAGAUGAUGACGACAACAGUUACGACUAGGAAGAUGUCCAUGGGGUCAGGAGGUACGAUGGCUGGUUUUGGAGAGAUGCCAUCUUUUUCAGGAAACCUGCUAAGUACGCCUGAAAUGAGUUUUGACUCAACAAAUCUCCCCGAACUCACCCGAAUACAUCAAGCUGGAAGUACCGAUGUUUCCCGAUUCAUGACGGAGGACUUCGGGAUGUGCCAUCGGCAUCUUUCGGAUAGCGUUACCCUGAGCCGAUUCCGAUCGAAGAACAACAAUCAAAAAGAGGAAAAUGGUGACAAGAGAGAGAAUAUGAUAAAGCUUGCGGAAAGGAUAAUGACUGCUGUCUUAGAGGCCGAGUCCUUUGCUGAGGUCAAUGUACUUAUGAAUCUUCGUGAGCUGAGUGCUAUCGGACGAGUUGAUCGGAUUAGUUGCCAAUUUGCGGAAAUUGCAACCGAAAAGGGAUUUUCUGACUUCUUCGCGACGGUCUGGCUGAAGCUCAAUCAAUUAGACAUUAAAGACCAGUUAACAUAUCCUGGUCAAUAUAUUGCGGUGAAUCUCCUCUUGGACGCUACUCAACGAUUCACCGAGGUUAACCAAACACUAUGCUCGGAUAUGGGCAGGCGAUGCCUUCCCGCCCUGCUAUCGAUACUCAACGAUCCUUUCUAUUCGUGUGACGCCAUCAACGGAGAUGAUGAGAAAACGAGAUGGAUGUCUCGAAAGGAGUUCUUGAAGAAGAUAUUUAGUAUCAUAUACAAUUGUCUCAGGAACUAUCCCGACAAUAGAGAGGUGUUACGAAAGCACAAUGCUGCAAUCUACAUCCAAACUUUCCUCGAGAGUCACUCCUUCGUGCUCCGAGCCAAGGCAAUGCAUAUUCUCGCCUACAUCGUCACCGAGGAGGAGAACGAGAAUUUGAAUACAAGCCCGAAGAAUGCUGAAUUCAUGGUCGACGUCCUCCAAAGAACGUUAGCAGACGACAGUGAGAAAUCCGAUCACUACUCGCCUAAUUACGAUCAGUUCGCCGUUGAAGCCGUCGAGGCGAUACAACAUUUAGCAUCGCAUGAUGGUAACAAGAGGAAACUGGUGCAAGCAGGAAUCCUUCCGCACCUGGGCUCAAUGAUGGAUGGAUGGGAUGAUGAAAGGAAGGAAGCUCUCAAAACCUUGUGGAUACUCUCAUUCAAUCAGGAUAACAAAGAUGAUAUACAGAAGGAGAAAAGAUGCAUGGAAGCCGUCCGACGGCUAGACGGGUUAGUGCAAGAUGAGGAAAAUAGCCGACAAUGCCAAGCUAUCUUAUGGAAUGUAGGAGCCCUUACUCCGGAUCAGCUGGCAAAACAGGGCGCCACCAAUGAUAAGGGCGGGAAACCUGGUAAAGGGUCGACAUCAUCGAGCGGAGGAACGAAAGCCUUGACCAACUACGUCAUGCUGAGCUACCAAUGGGAUGUGCAGAAAGAGAUAUUGGCAGUCAACGAACUAUUAAAGGCAAACGGCUUCGAGGUGUGGAUCGACGUGGAGCAAAUGGGAGGUUCGACAUUGGAAGCGAUGGCCCGUGCAGUCGAGAAUGCUGCCGUGGUCGUAUUAUGUUUUUCUGAGAAAUACAAAGACAGUCCAGCUUGCCGAACGGAGGCGGAGUAUACGUACAAGCUACGCAAACCUGUAGUGCCUUUGAAGAUGCAGAACGGCUAUGAUCCUAACGGCUGGCUGGGGGCAAUGCUGGGGACAAAGUUCUACAUCGAAAUGUACGCACUCGGCCUGGUAGAAAAGAACGGACACCUGUUAAUACGAGAGUUGGCCAACCGAGGCUGCAAGUCAUCAGGAAUUGGUGGUGCGAGCAAGGGCGUGGUCGAUAAAUCGCCAUCAGAUGAGGAGCGAUCAGGAGACACUGACGAAAGCAACGUCUUGUCUACAGGAACCACCGGCUCUGGUGGAAAGUCCCCUGAAGCGCUCCUGCAGAGGACAAACGGAGGAUUCAUGGGCGUGCCUUUUUCAAGCUGGAAAGGGCUUGCACCAGUGUGCAGCAGUAACGUCAUUAAAUGGACCAACCAACAAGCUCUCUAUUGGAUUGAAGAGAAUGGCUUCCCGAGACUGACGCCAUGGUUUAAAGGAUGGGACGGGGAGGAUCUCUUAGGACUUAAAGAGAUGGCUAUAUCAGCACCCUUGGUCUUCUAUAAGAAGAUGGAGUCCGAGUUUGGACUUAAGAAGACACUAGAGCUUGUACGCUUCAAGCGGUUAUUAGAUAAGAUUAUCUAA